AUGAAGCUUGAAUACCUGUAUUGGAUUUUACCAUUGGUGGUUCAUGUUAUUGGUACGGAGUUUGCAAGUAGCGAUGAAGGAACAAUUGCAUAUUCUGAACACGUCACAGGAAGUAGGAAUUGUUUGCCCGAGGAACAAUCCGACAUCAUAGAAAGUUCACACUUGGUCCAAACUAGUACAUUGGAUACAAAUCAAGAAGAAGUUGACCAGUCUGAACCAAAGACUUUGCCUUUAUCUGCAAAAUAUGAUUACGAUGGCAAAAAGUAUCCAAAUACUGAACAUUUGGAGAUAAAGCCUUUGCAAGGCGGUAAUAUCCUGAUGUCGUUUAAUUUUGAAGCUAGCAGGACUACGGAAUUGUAUCCUUCCUCUAAAGAGAUUACAUAUUAUGAUGUUUUUCCCAAGGCAUUGGGGUCCAUUCUCAAGUCAACCAAUACAAGGGAGCUACAUCUCAGAUUUGGGCACGGUUGGUAUGAUUCUGACCUUAAUGGGAAGCUUGUUGCAAAUGGAAAUCUAAGCGGUGGUACUGGUGUUGAGAUUUGGGCAUUUAUUGAGGCGAAUUCAGAAGAUGAGGCAUUCGAAUACUGGGUCCAGUUGGCCAAUUCCCUUUCAGGUCUUUUUUGUGCAUCUUUUAAUUCUAUCGAUUCAGCUGUGACGACCAAGCCAGAGCAACUCUUUCAAAAAGAAAGCAACAUUGAUACAAACAGUAACUUGCUUGGUCAGCUGUAUCAUUUUAGAAGUGCAUUGCCGAGAGAGCCAAUAUGCACAGAAAACUUAACUCCGUUCCUAAAGUUACUUCCAACGAAGGGAAAACAAGGAAUUUCAUCAUUACUCUCGGGGAACAAAAUGUUCAAUGCAGAAUGGACAUCCAUGUCUAUAGAUAUUUUAACAAACUGCGAGGAUGGAGGGGUAGAUAAUUGUACUCAGUCUCUGAAACAAGCUAUCAACUUGAUUCUUAACGUACCCAAGGUUAAGGACAAAAAUAAAUACCCUAUUCCUAAACCAACUCCAGGUACUGAACUUAAGUGUGAUCCUAGUCGAAUUCAUGAUCUUUACAACUGUUUCCCCCUAGUUGAAUCACCAGACUUAGAUUUUACAUUUCUUGAUCUGUUUGGGAAGGUGAUAAGGGGUGGUUCGUUGGUAGCAUCAAAACCUUCCACCGUUUGUUUUGAUAUUGAUCUAAACAAUUGGGAGAUUGGACACUUAUCCCUGCAACCUCCAGAUCAGUUUUACAUGGAUGAAAAACUAUGCUUUUCUCUGUUGACGAGUGAUGAAUACAACGUAUCUUUUAAAACUCAUGACAGCUCAAAAGUCAAUAACAUAGAACAACCUCCUUUUCGAGCUUCAAGAUCCUUAUCCGGGUAUUCUCAAGAAAGUGGUGGGUUCCGACUUGAUUUCUUCAAUCCCACAGAAGGAGACCAAGUAAUUGUUAUUUUCCAAGCUCUGCCCUGGUUUGUGAAACUAUACACACAUUCUUUGGUAUUAACUGUGACAAAUAAAAGUGGUGAAUCUGUACUGUUGAAUGUUCAGAAUGAAGAAUUGUCGGAAUAUAUCAAAGAAAUUGUUUACCAUCCUGCGGUCGAUAGAGUUACGCCAACACAUUUAGAGCUGAGGAUACUAGCGCCAGCAAAGACAAAACUCAAAUUUACGUUUAGUUUUGAUAAAUCAAUGUUACUAUACUCGGAGUAUCCGCCCGAUGCUAACCAUGGCUUUGAGUUAGAGCCAGUUGUGUUUGCUUUGAUUGACAAGGACCAUCCUGACAACGUGAAAUAUAUAAUGCGUACGACAACUGGUCUCCUAACUCUUCCUACUCCAGAUUUCUCUAUGCCUUAUAAUGUUAUCAUAUUGACAUUGACGAUCAUGUCCUUAACGUUUGGGUCCAUCUUUAACCUCCUCGUCAAAAAGGUUGUUACUGAAGAGGAAGCAGAACUUGCUCAGAGUGAAAGGCCAGUUGAAAAACUGAAACAAAAAUUUCGCACCUUAUUUGGAAGGACCUGA